AUGGCUCAACCAGAGUGCACUCUCUCGCCGCCGGCAUCCAUCCACGAAGACCAAGCUAGAGGUCAACUGGAUAUACUUGCUCUCGAGUGCACACUCUCUCCUCCUCCAUCUCUACACAACGUUUCGAUCGAUGCUCCCAAGGGAAAAUCAACGGCUAAACCGACAGUGACCUUUGACCUCACACCUCCGGACCCGGCGUCUCUGAAGUCCCAGCAGCCACCACGUGUCCAGCCCCCAAGCUCCUGGCCCGAGAAGGUUGUCCCAGAGGCACACCCUCAACCGCACGGGGGAUCCAACCUGUCAGGUUCGAAAGCCCGGCCAGACAGCAUCAGCGAAAGCAUCAACAGCACAAGGCUCCCGACGCGCAAGUCCUUCGACAAGUCUGCCGCAUACGUCAACAAGCAGGCCCACGAUAUCAAGGCCAAGCUGAACAGCAAUGAACGGAAGCCCGUCCCCCAGCCGAACCCAGCCCCGGCUCCAGCCGAGAAGCCCUCUGAGAACCCCGUCCGCAACAGAAAACUCGCAGACGCGAACCCGGUACCCAAUCCAGUUGCGGAUAACAGCCCAAAGCUCCCAGACAGGCACCAGCCGCCCCUCAAGCAACGAAUCCGCGAUGCCCACAACCAGCGAAAAGAGCGGCGUGUCAACUUGUCUUCAUCGGAGAAGGUCAAAGACAUCACGGAGAGUCUGCUCAUCGGCUGCGGAAUCUGCGCCAUCGUCUUGCUCAUCUGCGCACCAUGCGGCGUCCUUUGA